AUGAUUUAGUAAUUGAAUUUAAAGUUAAAAUGUUAAUAGGAUGAUCAUUAAGAUGAAAUAGACAUAGUUUGUUACAAUUAAUUUUGUACAGAAUUCAGAUUAAAUUGUUUUAAAUGUUAAAAAAAAGGAAGAAUCCAUCAAGAUCAUUUUGAUGAUGUUGAAAAAAUCAAUAGUUUAAUUGAAUUCAUUGAAAAUAAAAAUAAAGAAUGUGAUAAUUUGAUUGAUGAUCUUAACUAAUAAGUAGAAAGUGUGAAUCAAUCAUUUUCUUAAUUAAAAAUGGGAAUCAGAUAGAAAUAUUAAUUAUAUUAACAAAAAUUAGUACUUUUGAAUUCUUAAUAAAUAAAUGAUUUCUUAAAUUCUACAAUCAAAUUUAAUGAAUAUAAACAAUCAAUUACAACAAUCAUUGUAGAAUAGACUAAAAAAUUAACUAAUUCAUUUAAUAAUUUAUAUCAAUAAUUAUAAUUAUCAUCAUUUAAUUAUUAUAAAAAUGAUGAUAAUUGUAUUAAAAUAUCUGAAGAAUUAUAUUAAAAAGGUAUUAAUUAUAUUAUUAUCAUAUCUUAGGUUAUUAAUUAUUUAGAGAAUAUAAGUAUGAAUAGGCUCUUGCAAUAUUAGAUAAAUCAAUAUAAUAAAAUCUCAAUAACCAUAAUUCUUUAUGGUGUAAAGGUAUAUUGAAUUAUAAUUUAAUUAAUAGGUUCAUGUUUAGCAUAAUUAAAUUAAUAUGAAGAAGCAAUCAAAUGGGUGGACAAAGCAUUAGCUAUUGAUCCUAAGCAUGUUAAUUCCUUAUGUGAGAAAGGUAUAUUGAAUCAUAAUUUAAUUAAUAGGU